UGUCCCCAGCCAGUUCCUCUCUGAAUGUUGCAAUGGCCGAGUUUCUGGCUAGGGGAGGAGGGGUGGGAAGCCCUUGCUCAAUAACUUGCCUGCCAUGUUGCUCGGAGGACACAGAUGACAGUGAAGGUUUGGCUUAGCAGAGGAGUUCCCCAAAGGACCUUGGUGGCCCCAGCUUCUGACCUCAUCCUUUCCUGAUGCAGGAACGGGAGUGCAGCUCUGGAGGUCUCCUGCCCCUUCCAAGGACCAUGCUGCAGCCCUGCUGACCCAGGAGUAGGAGCCUGAGGGCAGGGUGCCUGGCAUGGGCUGUGUGUUCUGCAAGAAGUUGGAGCCGGGGUCCAAGGAGGAUGUUGACCUGGAAGAGAAAUUCAGGAGCCAUGGGGCUGCAGAUCACUAUGGCCCUGACCCCACUCAGUCCUGGCCCGCAUCCUCCUUUGCCCAGAUCCCCAACUACAACAACUUCUCCCCUCAGCCCACCAGCCCCGCCUUCCUCGAUGGCACUAUCAGGGACAUCUCAGGGACUGGGGUGACCUUGUUCACCGCCCUAUAUGACUAUGAGGCCCGGACAGAGGAUGACCUUACCUUCACCAAGGGUGAGAAGUUCCACAUCCUGAACAAUACUGAAGGUGACUGGUGGGAAGCUCGGUCCCUCAGCUCUGGACAGACCGGCUACGUUCCCAGCAACUACGUGGCCCCUGUGGACUCCAUCCAAGCCGAAGAGUGGUACUUUGGAAAGAUCAGGAGGAAGGAUGCAGAGAGGCAGCUGCUUUCGCCAGGCAACCCCCAGGGAGCUUUCCUCAUCCGGGAGAGUGAGACCACCAAAGGUGCCUACUCCCUGUCCAUCCGUGACUGGGACCAGACCAGAGGCGAUCAUGUAAAGCAUUACAAGAUUCGCAAGCUGGACACAGGUGGCUACUAUAUCACCACACGGGCCCAAUUUGUGUCCGUGCAGGAGCUGGUGCAGCACUACAUGGAAGUGAAUGAUGGGCUGUGCUACCUGCUCACUGCGGCCUGCACCACCAUGAAGCCGCAGACGCUGGGCCUGGCAAAGGACGCCUGGGAGAUCAGCCGCAGUUCCAUUGCUCUCGAGCACCGGCUGGGCACCGGCUGCUUUGGGGAUGUGUGGCUGGGCACGUGGAGCGGCACCACGAAGGUGGCGGUGAAGACGCUCAAGCCGGGCACCAUGUCCCCGAAGGCCUUCCUGGAGGAGGCGCAGAUCAUGAAGCUGCUGCGUCACGACAAGCUGGUGCAGCUGUACGCAGUGGUGUCGGAGGAGCCCAUCUACAUCGUGACGGAGUUCAUGUGCCACGGUAGCCUGCUGGAGUUCCUCAAGGGCGGGGAGGCCCGGGACUUGAGGCUGCCCCAACUGGUGGACAUGGCAUCCCAGGUAGCUUCAGGCAUGGCCUACAUGGAACGCAUGAACUACAUCCACCGAGAUCUGAGGGCUGCCAACAUCCUGGUGGGGGAGCGGCUGGUGUGCAAGAUUGCUGACUUCGGGCUGGCCCGCCUCAUCACGGAUAACGAGUACAACCCCCAGCAAGGGACAAAGUUCCCCAUCAAGUGGACAGCCCCAGAGGCUGCCCUCUUUGGCAGAUUCACCAUCAAGUCAGACGUGUGGUCCUUUGGGAUCCUGCUUACUGAAAUCAUCACCAAGGGCCGAGUCCCCUACCCAGGUAUGAUUAACCGGGAAGUGCUGGAACAGGUGGAACGUGGCUACCACAUGCCGUGUCCCCCGGGCUGCCCAGUGUCCCUGUACGAGGCCAUGGAACAGACCUGGCGGCUGGACCCGGAGGAGAGACCCACUUUCGAGUUUCUGCAGUCCUUCCUGGAAGACUACUUUACCUCCACAGAGCCGCAGUACCAGCCUGGGGAUGAGACAUAGCUCAGAGAGCCAUCAGCCACCUCUUAGGAGGAGCCUACCAGCCCUUGCCAGUCCCCAGGGCUCCGGUGCCAAAGUCCCCAGGUAUAGAACCACACAGAGUGCUAGUAUGUCAGAGGAGACCAAGUGCUCUGGCCCCAUCUAGGGCAACCCCCUUGUUUGACAGAUGGGCAAAUGGAGGCUAAGAACUCAUCCCUCAGCCACUCUGACCCUUAGCACUGUUGCUCCCCUUCCCUCUUAAGUCUAAAUCUAGGACAACCCACUCAUUUACAGAUGGAGGAAAUGGAUGUUAUAGAGCAUCUCUCAUCCACUCUGACCCCAAGCACUGUUUCUCCUCUUCUCAACUCAGGCAUGUGUGCCUCUAGCCUCUCUUGCCCUGCCUCCCCAAAAUGCUUGUAUUGUCUAGUCAUUGUCUAGUUAUUUGUCUAGUUAUUUAUAAAAUGGUAUAUCCCUUCCCUCACUUAUCUUCUAUCCCUGCUUAAGAAUUUACCUCCUACUCUCAGUUCUCUCGUGCCUGUAAGUUGCAAAGAUGGGCAGCCUUCGCUGGACCCCUUUCCUGCUGGCUGGGAAGCUGUGGUCCCGGCCCAGAUUUGGGUUCAGCACCUCUCUGAACAGUGUGUGUUUACUGAUUGUGUAAAUGAGGAAAAUAACAGUAUGAUUCCUUGAACCAUGAAAAUUACCUGAACCUUCCUUUAAGAGGGAUGGUGGUAGGGCUGGGGAUUUAGCUCAGUGGUUCUGCCGCCUGCCUUGCAAGCGCAAGGAUUUUAGUUGGAUCCCUGGUACCAAAAAGAAGUGGGGGGGAUGGUGGUUGCUGGGAGGUGUACAGAAUGGGUUUGGUCAUUGGGAGCAAGACGGGAAGGUGAGAGAGUGCUCUGAUGCCUACCAAGCAUGGGACACAGAAGGUAUGGAGUUUUAGGAUGACACCCUAAAGUUCAUUGACCAUCCCCAUGUGAAUUUAGGAUGACUUGAAAGGUGGACACAAAGGACAAGCAACUGGACAUAAAUCAAAAUGUCCCCCUCGUUGUCGAUGUGGCUUUCAGUCCGUGCACAAUGGAUUUGCUGAUGCUUCACCUGAUUUCAGCAGAUUUACCAGUCGUCAUAGGCAUGUUGGGACAGCCUUUUGGGCUCUCUCAGCAGAGGCAGAGGAAAAGACAACAGCUGGCUCUGCAGAGGAAGUGGGUGGGGGAAGACUCAUCUAGCUCAGUGGGUCUCACCAGGGGAGUUCUUCCCCCAGGGAACUUUUGGAACAGUUUGGAAGCAGUUUUGUUUGUUACUGUGACCACAGCCUCCUACUUGCUGGAAUUAGGAUAUUUUUGUAUUGUUUUGUUUUUUGAGAUAGGGUCUCAGGUAGUGGAUAGGUAGUGGAGGCUGAACUCACUAUGUAGCCCAGGCUGGUCUGAACUCACAGCAAUCCUCCUGCCUCAGCCUCGGGAGUACUGGGAUUACAGGCGUGCGCCACCACGCCCGGCUCCCACCUCUCUCUUUAGGAAGUGUUUGUUGGCCCUGGGACUUAUGAAGAGAGUGGAUGGGGAAGGAAUCUGGGAGCUCAGAAUGGAUGUUGCAUUUGGCAAACAGUUCCUAGGCAUAGAUUCUGUGGUGGGCCCUUUGCUGAGCAGGAGGGCUGGAACACAGAUAUGAAUAAGAUCUGUCCCUGCCUUGGGGAGUUUACCUGGGCUGGGAACAAAUAAUAGUCAUAAGAAUAACAACUUAUUUAUUGUCUGCUGAAUGUCAGAUGUGUUUGCAUCCUUUUUUUAAUUUUUGGUGUGG